AAAGCCGCCAUCUUUGAGCAACUGCAAUAAUAAAUAUUUAUUUUUCAAAAGUUGUAGUAAGGGAAGAAAAUGCACGAACUGUUGUCGAAGGAGUAAGAUAUAUGCUCGUAAAGUUAAGUUAGCAAACGACAUUUCCCCCACUGACUCAGUGAGAUGUCGCUGGUGGAUCUGGGCAAGCGGCUGCUGGAGGCCGCGCGGAAGGGCCAGGAGGACGAGGUCCGGACGCUCAUGGCCAACGGCGCCCCCUUCACCACAGACUGGCUGGGAACGUCGCCCCUGCACCUGGCCGCCCAGCACGGACACUACUCGACCGCCGAGGUGCUCCUCCGGGCCGGGGUCAGCCGGGACGCCCGCACCAAGGUGGACCGGACCCCGCUGCACAUGGCGGCCGCCGAGGGCCACUCCUCCAUCGUGGAGCUGCUCGUCAGGCAGAGCGGCGCUGACAUCAACGCCAAAGACAUGCUGAAGAUGACGGCGCUGCACUGGGCGGCGGAGCACGGGCACCGCACGGCGGCCGAGCUGCUCGUCAAGUACGGCGCCGACGUGCACACGCUCAGCAAGUUCGACAAGACGCCCUACGACAUCGCCGCCGACAACAACAACGGCCAGCUUAUGGCGCUGCUGCAGGAGGGGAUGCAGAACCAGGUGAAUGUGAACGUCGAUCGCAGCACCAGCAACGCCAUCGGCCCUCAGUUCAUCCUGUCCUCCGGGGGCGUGGUCAACCUUGCUGACCUCAUCUCCUCCACCACCAAGAAUUCCUCAGGAGAGAUGGAGGAAGUCAUCGCUGCUGACUCGGUGGACUCGGCAGUUCAGCACCUGGUUGGAGACGGGGGUCAGAGGGUCAUCACCAUAGUGACGGACCAGCAUGGCAACCUGCAGUCCGGAGGCCUGGGGCAGCCCUUCUUUGUGACCAUGCAGCACGGGCAGCAGAUGGUUGCCGUGCCAGCGGGCCAGAUCACAGAGGAGGUGGUGGAGGAGGAGCUCCAGCCCCCGCCAGCCCGUAAGAGGCGAAUGGACACGUCGUCGUCCAAUCACACGGAGCCAAAGGGCAAGGGGGAGAUGGACAGCAGGGAGGUGCUGCAGAAGCAGCUGCAGGAGGCCAACCGCAAGGCGCAGGAGUACCGGCAGCAGCUCCUGCAGAAGGAGCAGGAGGCCGAGGAGUACCGGCUCCGGCUGGAGGCCAUGGCGCACGGCCAGGCCAACGGCACCUCCGCCCCGGGGGAGGAGGAGCAGGAGGAGGUGGAGCAGGAGGAGGUGCAGACGGUGGUGGUGCUGGCACAGGAGGUGGCUGAAGAGGAGGGGGGGGAUGUGGCAGGAGGAGUGAAGGAGGAGGAAGUGGUGUCUGAGAUCGUUCGCUGUUUCGCUCUCCGAGGCCCCCUGCGGUCCCGCACAGCGCUGUAA